AGGACAUCCUCAGGUGCAGUGGCUAGGUUCAAAGUUACUGAUAUUACUCUAAUAUAUGUUUAAAAGAGGCUUCCUUGGCUGAAGAAACAUGAGCAAAUUGGCAGGAGGAUUUGAUAUGGGUGAAAUGCUCAACAUUGCCCCACUAAGAGGAGGUGGAGAUAUGUGUGAGCCUGUAGUUGAACAACUUACGGUGAAACUAAAGAGGCUUCAACAAGAUAAAAAGGCCCUGGAGGAAGACAUUCAGAGGAUUAAAUCAGUCAGUGACUCUUUGCAGAAGGAGCUAGCAACAGUGCAAAGUGAAUAUUACCAACUGGAAGGAAUCCAUAAAGAAAAAGAAGAGUUGUUCAGGAAGCUGCAGUUUCAGUGCGAGGAGUCUGAGCAGGAAUCUGCAAGGCUGUUAAACCUGAUCAAGAAAGGUGAAGAAUUGCUUGAACAGUGCAAGUGUGAAAUCCAGGAAUUUAAGCUCAAACACCGGAAGCUGCGGAUGAAGUUUGAAAACCAACUUUAUCAACUGAUAGAACAGCAGAAGAGUCUGCACUCUGUCUUUACUCCACAAAGACUCGCAGCUGAAAUAGAGGGUGCUGAAAACACGAAAAAUCAGCUAUUAUCAGCUGAGAAGCUGAAGUUGGCUCAACUGUGGUCUCUGGAAGAGGAGCUAGACAAAGUGAAGCAAGGAAGCAGAGCUGGGGUACAGGACUAAUACUGUGUGUUUAUCAGUAGUUUGAAAACUUUAACUUCAACCAAUUUCAGAAGGUAUUUGACGAUAAGUCAAAUGUUUGCACCUACCUUUAUUACUGUAAAUGUUGGCUGUUCUUGUGGAUGUUUGACGUUCUAGUAUUUAUUCUGUGAGGCAUUAGCUUGAUUUUGUGAAUUAUUUUACAUUGUGUUUAAUGGAUUUUUUCAAGUAAAUGUGAUAUAAAUACCAGUGGUAUUCUGUAUGGUAUACUAAACUGUUCAAAACAAGUUAAAGCCCUUUUUGCAACUGAAAUAUUUUCAUGAAAACACUGGAUCCAACUGUUUGAUCUGCUGUCCUGAUGCCCUUCAGCCAAUCUGUUGGUCACACACCAACCAUCUGGGGGUAAGGUAGGAAGAACUACAAGGUCAUUGUGACUGUAAACUGAAACAUGUUGUGGCAUGACUGUGUUUCAUCAUCUUUGAACAUGAAUGAACAUCUGUUAUUUGAUCAAAUAAAAACAAAAAUAAAUAUUAAUUCCUUUUAUAAAAUUUUGUGAAACUCCCAAAAAUUAUAAACACCACAUUACAGUGGGCUAUAACUUAUUUUGAGAGGUUAUCUAUGAAUUUUAUAUACUUAAUAUUCACAUUGUGUAUUUGACAUAAUAUGAAGGUAUUCAUAUUUUACAGUGUUGUAACAUUAUCUGAUUUAACUCUAAAUCUGUUUAACAAAAACAAUAGA